GUCUAAGCUGUCCUCUAAUAUUAGCUAUUAGCAUGUGAAUAUCACUGUUGUCAUCAUCAUCAUGGACUUGGAUAGUUAGAGUAUGGUAAAUGAGAUGGGGAACACAAAUUCAUCAGGAGAUCAAGAGAAUGCUGCAGUUGACGCUCAACAGAAAGGCGAAACUGCUGGCAAUGCAAAUGGUGUUAAAGAAGAAAACAACAUAACUCCAGAAGGUGAAAGCAAAGAUUAUCAUGAGAAAGCUGCAGCUUUGCCUACUUUUGACACUUCAACAGAUAAAGAACUUCAGCUUAAGAACUCUGAAGAUGACAAAACAGAUGAAGAUAAGGGAGAGACACAGAUUAAGCAGUGUUCAGAAGUUCAAACAGGUGCUAAUGACAUAGUGAGUGAAGUCACUAAUAUUGAAACACAUACUUCUCAAUAUGGGCAAAAAGUUGAUCAACUUAUGGAGUCAAUUUUGGAGGAAAAUGAUGCAGUUCAUGACCAAGCAUGCAAAAAGAAAGGUGAGGCGGAAGGAAGUUUAUCAAAUGAUGAAGUCUUGGAGUCCGAUCCAGUUGAAUCCUCGAGUGUUGCUACUGAUAAAGUAGAAGAACACUUCAAUUCAUCGCCAAGUGAGGAACAAGAAACUCCAGAGGACGGAAGAUCAGGACAGAAUGAGAAUAAAACUCUGUUGAUCAGCUCUGAAAUUUCACUUGCAGAUAAGACUGUUGUUGCUGAUGCCAAUGAUCAAAAUGUAACCACUCAACAAGACGCAUGCUUGAUGGGAGAAUUGGAUGCCAUAGAAGAUUUGGCAAAUGAGGAGAAACAUGAGAUUAUGAGGGCUGAAAAUAGUUGCUCAAUUAGAGUUGAUUUGGAUGAAACUCCUAAAGUGGAGUCCAGUCAAAGUGAUGCUACAGGCUCACUGUUGGCAGACAGUCCACGGGUUACUCCAUCGAGUUCAUUUGGAGCAGUUAUUGAGACACAAGGCAAAUGCAUGGUUCAUACUCCAGAGACUGAAUUGACAUCAAAUGAAUCAGAAAACACAGUAAAGAAAUGUGAUCCGAAGGAACCUGAGGCAUUUAUGCAGGCAGUGCCUGAAAUGCAGAAUGACAAUUCAGCUCCUUCAGUUGAAUCACACCCCAUAGAGGCUACGGAGGAAAAACUACCAGGAAACAACACUAACACUGAUAGUGUAAUGGAUUAUUCAAUUGAGGAGGAUAAGGCGAGGAGCGACAUAAAUAUUCAACCUGAUAUUCUUUAUCAUGAUCACGUGCCACCAGUAGAACAACAUGUGCAUUUUGAAGAAACAUUUGAAAUGGUGCCUGAAAUUGGAGUACUCCCUACCGAAUUCAUUGGAACAACUACAAAAGAAAAUGGUUUUCUUGAAAAAGAAAAGGAAGGAGUUGAGAAGUCUAGUGAAAAGGAAAUAAGGGAGGAGUGCAUAUUGCACUUGGGGCCAUCAAAACCGGAAAAUGGUGUCGAUAUAGCAUAUGUGGAUGGAAGAAUACAGGGGUUUGAGUCUGUCGAAGCUCAGAAAGAACGCAACACAGACUUGAGAGAACACGAUAACUGUGAAUUUGUUGUUACUGAGGACUCUAGUGUUUUCGAACUCAAUAUAUCAGAAAUAGAGAUACCGAAAAUUGCAGACUUUGCUGAGACAGAAAAUACACAGAAUGUUCAACCAAGUCUUGACACAUUAACAUAUUCCAAUGGAAAAUCUGAUUUUGAUCAAAAGGUGCCAAAUUUUCAUUAUGAAACCCCUUCCAAAGCACCAGAGAGUAUUGGAAGGUUAAGUCUCGAAACGAUCCCAGAGAAAUCAAGCAACGGAAUUGACCUUCGAAAGUCUCCAAGCUUCGAUUUUGGUAUUCACAGAAGAUCUUCUGAAUCAGAUCAAACUCCACUUCUCUGUCCAGAGAAAACUCCUACAAGAAGCUUAUCACUUGGCUCCAAUGCAAAGUUCCCAAACUCAACUAUGAGAAUUGAACACAACAGAAACUCACUAGACUACGAGGCAGUAGCAGUCGAAGAAAAGACUAUUCGAGUGGAAAGAAGUGAUUCUGACAUUUCCAGUGCUCCUCUUUUAGGCUUGUCAAACAAAGGAGAAAAUGGCGAUCUAAAGGUUACAUCUGAAACACAACAGGUCCAUGUUGCUGUUAUGAAAGGAGAGGAAUUGCAGGCAUCACAAGAAAAGGAAACUUCUCUAACUUCACCAAAAGGGAGAGGAAAACGCAAGCCUAGGCCAUCUUUCUUUACCACUUGCAUAUGUUGCACAACAGCUACUCAUUAUUGAACAAACUCAACAAGAAAUUUGUGUUAUGUUUUUUGAUUCUUUUUUUUUUUCCAAUUGAUUGGUUUUUUCACCAUAUUAAAGAUAUUUUCAUGUGGCAUUUUUCAUCACAAUGGAGUGUUAUGACCAUGUAUAGUAUGUAUUAUACUGAAAAAAUUGUGUGAGAGUGAGCUAG